CACAUGAAAGACACAAGCCGCUCUUCGAUAGAUGGACCGGAUCAAUUAUCCCUCCGCGUGAAGAUAGGUGGCGCGAGAAGCUCAAACAGAAACAGGAGGCGCUAGAGCGGAUCUGACCGAUCUACCGCCGGGCCGAGCCUCUAGAACCAGAACCUGCCCGAACUCAGCGGACCGUUUCAAUCCGCGGGUUCUUCCUCGGCCGGGAAACAUCCAGCUUCCUCCUCCUCCUCCUCCUCCUCCGCUUCUUGUUCUCUCCCUGUAGUCAAUCAGCAGGCUGCGCCUGUACAGCUUCACCUGAGCAGACAGACAGCAAAGACUCUCCUCUCACCAGACAUCAGGCAGACGGGCACGCGGGUGGCGGUGCGCGCUCCUUAACAAAGUGCUGGAAGUGGUCAUGGCGCGUGCGGACUAGUUGUGCAGCGGGUUUCGGAGUUCUGGGAGCAGGUUCGAGUUGGGGAACUGGUCCGGGACUUACUGGUGUGUGCUGUGUCCAGACAGCACGAGAAGCACAUGAGACACGGAGACCCGGAUCCAUGAAGCGGAUGAUGGCGGAGGGUCCCCGCUGCAAGAGGCGCAAACAGGCCAACCCCCGCAGGAAGAACGCGCUGAAUUAUGACAUCGUGUUGGAAACGCCCUCUGAGACGGAUGAGGAAGACAAGAUGCCGCUCUGUGAUGACAACAGCUCCACGGGAGGAGGAAGACGGCGUGCCGGCGAAGAAGCAGGAAGUCCUUCUCCUCCAGUCAGCCAUGCCACACUGUCCAUGCAGGAGAACCCAGAUCAGCACCAGGAGGACAAAAACCUAGCAACACACCUUCACAGCAUCUCUGAACUGGAUGAUUACUUCCUGAAGCAAAAACUGGAGGAUGGCGAUAGUACUCCACCAACAAUUACUGAGUACCUGCAGCGCAGCAGCACCGCCAUCAUUUACCCAGAAGCCCCGGAGGAAGCAGCAAGAGUGAACACACCUGAGGCAGCUGGUCACGAGGAAAGUGAAAACGACCCUCUACCCACCACGGAUGACUUUGCUCAGCUGCUCACAUGUCCGUACUGCCACCGCGGCUACAAGCGCCUGACAUCUCUGAAGGAGCACAUCAAAUAUCGCCAUGAAGGGAUGGACGAAAGACUCUCCUGCCUGCUGUGCUCUGAGAGCUUUACUCACAGAGCACAGCUGGAGCGUCACAUGACCUCACACAGGUCUACCAUGGACCAGCUGCUGAUGCUCAGCGAAGGAACUGCAAACCGCAAAUUCAAGUGCAGUGAGUGUGGCAAAGCCUUCAAGUACAAGCACCACCUGAAGGAGCACCUACGUAUUCACAGCGGUGAGAAGCCAUACGAAUGCUCCAACUGUAAGAAACGCUUCUCCCAUUCUGGAUCCUACAGUUCCCACAUCAGCAGCAAGAAAUGUGUUGGCCUGAUUGCACUUCAUGGACGAUUACGCAACGGAAAGCCUGGCACCUCCCCAAGCUCCACAAUUUCUUCACCUGGAAGCCCUGCCCUUUCCCAUCUCCAGCACAAACUGGAAAAUGUACGAACACUUGGCUCAAAAGAUCAGCACAGUCAGCUGGACUUGAAUGAGUACCGGCUGCUGAUGGCUUCACAGUAUGGGUUUGGGGUACCAGAUAUCUGCCUAAAUGGUCAUAGUCGAAGCCCUCUUGACAUCCACAGUUCCUCUCAGAGCUCCCUUCAGCAUCUAGGUGACAUGGGACUUGAUCUCUCCUUGCUGGGCUACACAGUACCUCUUGGAAACAGCCUGAGUGAUGUGCAGAAGGUGCUUCCGAUUGUGGACAAUACCGUUUGCAGGCAGAGGACAGACAGUAACCCAGAACAGUUAUCCAAGCUCAGAGCCUACAUGAAGGAGCUUGGGGCUCAUAUGGAUGCCCAGGCUGGCUUUAAUGUGGGCCAAAGCAACCUCACCAAGAGCAUCAUUGACAACACACCGGAAAAGGUCAGUGAGGCCAAGAAUCUUAUCAGUGAGUCUAAGAUGCAACUAAAUGUUAAAGAAGAGAAAACAAAUCAAUCAGUUGCUAUCCUUAAUGAAGAGAAGUUCCCUGAUGCACAGAACCAGCUGCUUCUGUUCUCCUGCCAACACUGCAAGGAGACCUUCCCCGGGCCCAUCCCACUACACCAACAUGAGCGCUACUUGUGCAGCAUGAACGAGGAGAUCAAAGCAAUUCUGCAGCCUGCAGAAAACAGUCCUACCAGCUGCAGGGGGCUGAUAACUGAUACUGACAAGCCCAGAAGCCCCAACAACCAUUUCAACACCUGUGGGUCAGUACUGAAUUCUUACUUUGCCAUGAAAACUGAACCCAACUCUGAGGAACUGCUUAAGAUUUCCAUCGCCAUUGGCCUUCCUCAGGAGGCUGUCAAGGAGUCAUUUGCCGAGUGGAAGAGUCAAAACCAUGACACCGGUGAUUUGAGGGAACAGUUGAGCCUUCCUAACCACAGUUCACUGGACCACAGUCUAAACCAGUCUUCAGUCUCACUCUCUGCAAUAAAUUUGCAUGAUGGUUUUGCUAAAAGUGAUGCUAUUCACAGACUUACCAAGGCCAACCACUUUACAGCCAAUGAGAAGACAACAGUUGGCAGACCUCUUGAUCCAACAGACCAUUCAAGGAGCAACACUUCAUCACCCCUAAACCUGUCCUCUAUUUCCUCCAAACACUCCCAGAGUAGCUCUUACACUCCCAACAGCCUCACUCCUGAGGAUGUCCGUGGAGAUAUUCCACUGGAUCUGUCUCUGCCUAAACACUUGGUGCAGAAAAAAACCAGACUUAGUGGUUUCAUCAAAGAACACAAUGUAGAUGUUUCAGGGUAUGAACACAGCACUGGACCAUUAGACUUUGUCAGCAUUAAGGAGGUAGUUCUAGGUUCUAGGAGUAGAGGGAACUCCCAUGACCAGCUGGAGAAAAACCUGAGUCCCAUCUUUGGGAUUAAUCCAUUUACUGGUGGUUCUGUCUACAACACUCUGCAGCCUAAUGGAGUCUUUCCUCCGCCCACCUUCUUAAGUGCUUCUCAGGCAACCAUCCCUGGCUUCAGGCCCUUUCCAGGCCUCGACACCAUGGGCUUUCUGCCCCAUGUCGCAUAUUCCUAUGCCACAGGAGCUGCAACAUUUGCUGAAGUGCAGCAGCAAAGGAAGUACCAACGGAAAGCAGGUUUCCAGGGGGAGCUGCUGGAUGGGACUACAGAAUAUCUGUCAGGCGUAGAUGACCUGACAGACAGCGACACGCCACUCUCCAGGAAGAAGAUAAGGAAGACUGAAAGUGGUAUGUACGCGUGUGACAUGUGCGACAAAACAUUCCAGAAGACCAGUUCCCUCCUAAGACACAAAUAUGAGCACACAGGUAAACGUCCACAUCAGUGCCAGAUUUGUAAGAAGGCCUUCAAGCACAAACACCACCUGAUUGAGCACUCACGCCUGCACUCUGGAGAAAAGCCCUAUCAGUGUGACAAGUGUGGCAAGCGCUUCUCACACUCAGGCUCGUACUCUCAGCACAUGAACCACCGAUAUUCAUACUGCAAGAGGGAGGCUGAGGAGCGAGAGGCUGCCCAGAGGGAGGCAAGGAACCAGAGAGGGCUGGAGCCCACAGAGCUGCUGCUGGGAGGGGGCUUCCUACAGGACCUGGGAUCCCUGGGAUACUCAGACACUGAAGACCAGAUGGAGGACAAUACCAUCCUGGGGGACAGCGGAGAUGGGGGAGGGGGACAGGAGAGGGGGGAGGUGAAGGAGGGAGUGACAGAUCAACAGCAAAGUGACAACAGGAGCCACUUUGUGAUGGACAUGAAGGACAAAGACUCUAUGCAGCAAAUGGAAGAAUGUCCACCAGACAGCAUGCUGGACUAGGACACCUGAUGGAUACAGAACCGGGUCAGAUCAGUCCAGUUCUGCUCAUUCAUUGACUGGAAGAUAGAAGUCAGAGCAAAUCAGUAUGUCAAAUAUGAAGUGUGUGUCCACCUGCUGGAUAAUGUGCUAUCUUACCCCCCCCCCCCCCCCCC